AUGCGCCGUAUUGGCUUUUUCAAACUCUCGCUCAUUGUACUAGCUAUUUAUCUCUUUCUUUGUUUACCAUCGGAUGCUGGACUUCUGUUUCUGUCUGGUGGCGAUAAGGCUCCAAAGUUCAAGUUCGAGCAUCAUUUUCAAGAAAAUAUUGAUAAGCUUAUUGCAGGAAGCCUUGAAUCCAGCAUUGUCUGGGAUCGCUUGGCCGAAAUGACCGACACUUUUGGCAAUCGCCUUGUUGGAUCCGAUGCCUUGGAGAAGUCUAUUGACUGGAUCAUUGGAAAAGUCAAGGGGGAUGGUCUGUCGGUAACAACCGAGGAGGUUGUGGUUGACUACUGGGAACGCAAUGAGGAGUCGCUCUAUUUCCUUUCUCCAACCCGCGGACGCGUCAAGUUGCAUAUGCUUGGACUCGGACGUAGUCCCGCGACUCCUGUGGAUAAAGAUGGUAUCAAUCAUGGUAUCACAGCUGAAAUUAUUGUUGUAACUUCUAAAGAAGAGUUGGAACAAUUGGGUGCUGCUGGUGAACUUAAGGGUAGGGUUGUCUUGUACAACAAGCCUUUCGAAGCUUACUCCACCGAUGUGAUCUAUAGGUCCAUGGGAGCCACGUGGGCCCAAGAACAUGGUGCUGUUGCAGUAUUGGUGCGCUCGGUCGCCCCAUUGUCAUUGCAGACAGCUCAUACAGGCAACGCGUAUCCGGCCUCGAUUCCCGCGGCAUCCAUUUCGAUUGAGGAUGCACAACUGCUAGCACGCGUCCUGAAUAGACAUCAGCAGGAUCCUAAGCAGUUUCCAGAUUGGCCCAAAGUCCAUUUAACCAUGAAUGCUCAAACGACCCUCAAUUCCAAAAAAUCCCGUAACAUUGUUGUGGAGCUCAAAGGUCGUGAGUUGCCCGAGGAGGUUGUUGUCGUUGGUGGCCAUAUUGAUAGCUGGGAUGUUGGUAGUGGUGCAAUUGAUGACGGAGCCGGUUGUUUCAUUGCUUGGGAGACUGUGCGUCAGUUGAGCAGAUUGGACAAACCGCCCCGUCGUACUGUCCGGGCAGUCUUCUGGACCUCAGAAGAAAAUGGAGCGGCUGGUGGACGUGUCUAUGCUGCGAACCACCCAGAGACAAAUACAACCCGUCAUGUCUUUGCAUUUGAGUCUGACUAUGGUGUGUUUGACCCAUAUGGAAUCAAUUUCACCCCGGGUCGUCGUGCUCAAGAGGGACCUCACAGAUUCAACUCGUAUGAAUAUCUGACUGCUGCGGGAGAACAUUUCCUUGGCUCGCGUAAGGAUCUGGGAUAUUACGGUGCCGGGUCUUUUGUACUUCCUAAUGGAAUUGGUGCAGAUAUUGCACCAUUGUGCAAACAAGGUGUUGCAUGUGCGCAAUUCCGCCCUGCGGAUCCUUUUCCUCUGCCUUAUUCCACUUCUCCUUAUUAUAUCAAAAAGAAUGACGUCAAGAGUGAAAGUAGAGAACUUGGUCAUCGUCGUCACCACCAUGAUGGUGAGGAUGCACAGGACCCACCUCGUCGCCCCGUCGAUAGCGGAUACUUUUAUUAUCAUCAUACAGAGGCUGACACCAUGGGUGCUUUCACUCCAGAUCAAGUCAAGAAUUCAGCGGCCGUCAUGGCUGUCUGGACUUUUAUCGCAGCUGAAAGCCGUGUCGAGUUUUAG